CACACACGCUCACAUUUCAAAUAAGUUAUCUCCGGCGGCAUACACCAAAACGGUUAAUUUUUACCUUCAAAUGGAACAGGAUUAAGAUUUUAAACUGGUAGCUAGCUCGAUGAAUAUUUCUUUUAGACCAACAAAUUAUGAGUUGCGGCGGAGAUUCUAGAGGUGUCGACAAGCAAAUGAAAAAUAAUUGGAGUCAACAUGUUAAAUCACAUGAUAAAGUUUCCUCCAGUCGGGCUGAAAUAUUGAAAUCCAACUUUCUUUUCUCUUUGUCACCACAAAAACAUAUUACUAAAGACGCAAUGGCUGCAACUGCAAGAUCAUUCUCUUGUAAAGUUCCGAAUGUCACAAAGGCUCAUGGUCCACAAGUCGAAAAGGCUUGGCAAGCACUUUCCAACCUCACAUUGUCAUCUAGAAAUUAUACAAAACCUGGUAAAACCAAGCCAAUGAAGGAUGGUGAAACAGACACUUUUCAAGAUGUUAAAAAGGCCACUCAACAAUGUUCUCCUGAUACAUCGGGACCUACUUUGUCAGAUCAAAAUUCUAUUGAUAUUAGUACUCUGCAGGUAAUUUGUAGUACUAUUACGGUUUGGACUGAAUGCCGACCAUUAAAUUUUACAUGUUAUGUGUGUAACAAUAUGUUGCUUUUAUCAUCAAUAAAGUCCAAAUUUCAGAAUCUUGCUGUGGAUCAAAUGAUGACACCACGACCAUCAAUGUCUAAGUUUCCUCCCUUCACCCCAGCUCCGAGCAAUAAUGUAGCAGCAUGUGAGGAUUUAAGUUUACCUUCAGAACUAUGUGUUGAGUGUGAUCAUGGUUAUAAGUUAGGAAUUUGUCCGGAAGCUGCUACCCAUUUGCAAAUCAUGAAGGAUAUGCUCAUUUGCAUAUCAAACGAUCUUCUUGAUAAUGUCGGUGAAUUGGAAUCAGAUCAAAUAAAAAAGCUUCGAGAAGAUAGGCUGCAUUUGAAUAAGCAAAUCCAACAGCUUGAGAAAUAUCUCCGUUCUAUAUUGAUAGAUGAUGAAGGAUGCAAAUCAAACUUUUCUUCAUAUACAGUUACGACAAAGAGAAAUUUACCGUAUGCAACUCCUUCACCAUUUACAUCGAGGGUUGAUCCUGUGAGACUUGAUGAUCAGUUCUACAUGAAUAACAAGACAGAUGGCUAUAGUAAAUGGGAUCCAUCAUCGUUAUCAUGUUCUUCGGUGGGUAACUUCGUUGAUCUUUCAACACCUAUGGAGAGGGAGCCAUAUGUUCGCAAGUAUGUUGAAGUCAAUUAUACAGAAGGUUCGGAUGACAAGAAAUGGAGCAACAGAGAUUUUUCAUGGACUAAAAAGCUAGAGGCUAAAAAUAAAAAAGUGUUUGGAAAUCAUUCCUUCCGUCCCAACCAAAGAGAGGUGAUUAAUGCGACAAUGAGUGGAAAAGAUGUUUUUGUUUUGAUGCCAACAGGAGGUGGAAAGAGCCUUACAUAUCAGCUACCGGCUGUUAUUUGUCGAGGUGUGACAUUGGUAAUCUCACCCCUUGUUUCUCUGAUCCAAGAUCAGAUAAUGCAUCUAUUACAGGCAAAUAUACCUGCUGCUUACUUAAGUGCGAAUAUGGAGUGGUCUGAGCAACAAGAGAUUCUCAGAGAGCUUUGUUCAGGGCAUUGUAGUUACAAACUCUUAUAUGUCACCCCUGAAAAAGUAGCAAAAAGUGAUGCUCUCUUGCGUCAGUUAGAAAACUUGUAUGCACGAGAAUUGCUUGAUAGAAUUGUGAUUGACGAAGCACAUUGUGUAAGCCAAUGGGGGCAUGAUUUCAGACCAGAUUACCAGGGUCUUGGUAUUUUGAAGCAAAAGUUCCCAAAGGUUCCUGUAUUAGCAUUAACUGCUACUGCAACAGCCAGUGUUAAGGAAGAUGUUGUGCAGGCUCUUGGUCUUGUUGACUGCGUUAUAUUUCGGCAAAGUUUCAACCGCCCAAAUCUAAGGUAUUCAGUUAUCCCUAAGACGAAAAAAUGCGUGGAGGAUAUUGACAAGUUCAUCAAGGACAGUCAUUUCGAUGAAUGUGGAAUCAUCUAUUGUCUAUCUAGGAAUGACUGUGAAAAAGUCGCUGAAAAAUUGCAGGAUUUUGGGCACAAAGCUGCAUUUUACCAUGGUAGUAUGGACCCUGAUAAACGUGCAUCAGUUCAAAAGAUGUGGAGUAAAGAUGAGAUUAAUAUAAUAUGUGCAACUGUUGCUUUUGGAAUGGGUAUCAAUAAACCGGACGUGCGGUUUGUCAUUCACCAUUCUCUCCCUAAAUCCAUCGAGGGUUACCACCAGGAAUGUGGCCGUGCAGGUAGAGAUGGGCAGCAUUCUUCUUGUGUAUUGUAUUAUAGCUAUAGUGAUUAUAUUCGAGUCAAGCAUAUGCUUAGUCAUGGAUCUGUGGAGCAAACCUCUUUUGCAAAUUCUGGAAGGGUACUGGAAACUAAUGCUGAGAACCUUUUGCGCAUGGUCAGUUAUUGUGAGAAUGAUGUUGACUGUCGACGUCAUCUACAACUUGUUCAUUUUGGAGAAAAGUUUGAUCCCGCGAGCUGCAGGAAAACAUGUGACAAUUGUUUCAGCACCCAGAGCCUUGUAGAUAAGGAUGUUACCGGGAUAGCAAAGCACUUGGUUGAAUUAGUGAAAUCAGCCAGACAACAGUUCUCAGCAUCUCAUAUAUUGGAAGUCUUCAAAGGUUCUCUGAGCCAAAUUGUCAAAAAGUACCAACAUGAUGCCUUAAGCUUGCAUGGAGCUGGAAAAAAUGUACCGAAGGGAGAUGCAUUACGUGUGCUACACCAUCUUGUUGUUGAGGAGAUUCUUGUGGAGGAUGUAAAAAAAAGUGAUUACUAUGGAAGCGUAUCAUCAGUUCUAAAAGUAAAUGAAAAGAAAGCCUGCGAUUUGAUUGCGGGUCGGCAGACCAUAAUCUUAAGGUUUCCUUCUGCCACUAAAAUAUCUAAAUGUUAUAAAAACGAUAUCACUCCAGCUAAAGGUUUGUUAACAUCAUCAAAGAUGAGUCCUCCCCGAGUAGAUACUCCUGCUCAACCUCAUCCAGAAAUAGAUCCGAGUCUCUAUGCUAAGUUAUACUCUGCUUUGCGAACUCUUCGAACACGUCUUGUUAAGGAAGCAGGUGACGGUGUCUUGGCAUACCACAUCUUUGGAAAUGCUAUACUGGAAAGUAUAAGCAAAAGGAUCCCCAGAACUAAAGAUGAGCUACUUGAGAUUAAUGGCAUUGGCAACGUGAAACUAAGCAAGUAUGGUGAUAAAGUAUUGGAAACCAUUGAGACUACCCUCAAUGAAUACUACAAUUAUGAUGUACACAAACACAGCAAUGUAAGUGAUUGUGAAAGUACAUUUUCAGCAAAAACGACAGGUGCCAUGAACAGUAGUUCAAAUGGGAACCCAAUGGACGUAUUUGAGUUUGUUGUAAGCCCUGAUCAUUCAAGGAAGUGGGUGUCAAAAGAACCUGACAUAGUAACUGCUCACAGGAUUCAUCUUGACGAUGAUGAUGGUUUUCACACUGAUGAUGAUCCCCAUCUUGAGGACAUUUAACAGUAUGUUGGAUGAAAAGCACUACCUUCCUGGUAACAUUACUCAUGUACUAAUAAGUUUUUGUAGUCUAUUAUAACAUUACUCAUGUUCUUUUCUGGUUAUUAUUAGUAUGUUGGAUGAAAAGUGCUCACUUUAGCUCUGUUGGUGGCAUUCAUUUAUGUUUACUUUUUAGGAUAUUUAUUGAUAUUUUGUUCUGUCAA